UUCUUCCACGAUGUUCCAGAUACUUCUAGCCAAGCAAGCAACACAUCCUACUCGGAGUCUCGGACUGCUUUUCCACUUCACCUCUAUAUAAAGACUGUCUGCUAAGCGAAGAACACACUCACUCACUCACUCUUUCUUGGUCAUAGAUUCAGUUGUCAAGAAGCUGCCACCUGAAACAACAAAGUAUUCCUCCCGACCUAAGAGCGUGAUGUGCGGAGGGAAGCUCCUCCCGAACGAUCACGGCAAAGGGCGUCGUCCCGGCCAAGUCCUGCCGGCGGGGAAGAGGAAAAUGCGCGACAACAGGCCCGCCGAUGAGGAUACUCAUGACUGGGAGGCCGCCUUCCGGCAGUUCAUGGACGACGACGACGACGACGACAUUGAGCCGUUCUUGGCAGGUUUGCAUGCACAUCACUUGCUGCUACGUCUCAACACAGCAAGAAUUUUCAGUCCAGUUACUGAUGUGUGUUCUGUGUAUGCAGGGGUCAUGGCGGAGUCCUGCAAGCUCGAGCCCCGUUCGCCGGCCAUUGCGAGACCGAAGCGGCGCAGGGCGAGCCCCAGCCACCCGUACCGUGGCAUCCGGCAGCGGGCGUGGGGGAGGUGGUCGGCGGAGAUCCGCGACCCCACGAAGGGCGUCCGCGUCUGGAUCGGCACCUUCGACACCGCCGAGGACGCCGCGCGCGCCUACGACGCUGAGGCGCGGCGCAUCCACGGUAGGAAGGCUAGGACCAAUUUUCCAGCCGGCACGGCGGCGCCGGCGUCGUACGGUGAUCAUCCCGGGCCGUCUCAUCGCAGCACCAUCGGCGGCAAGGGCAGCGUGGUCAGCGCGACGGAGAGCGUCUCCACGUGGUCGUCGUCGUCGUCCGAGGCCUACAGUACCUCACCGUCCGACGCGCGGAUUCUGUUGGAGUGCUGCUCGGACGACGUCAUGGAGAGCCUCCUCGCCGGCUCCUCCGACAGCAUGGACUUCUGGAGCUUCCUUCUCCCGAGUAACAACUACUAGCAUGGAGUUAACAUGUACAGUAUCUAGAAAAAAAAGGGACUAGUAUUCCCUAGAUGCAUAUGUUCAAAUCCGACGAAUUUUAAGGAACAGCAUUCGCUUUCAGGAAUACGAUGUGUGUACCGUAGAAUAAAGUCAGCAAGUUGUGCCACUUGUUCUUCGCUUUCCUAUCAUUUUCGGAGAUUUUGUAACGUUUGGCCUGUGCCUGUAAAUUAUGUAGUAAAAUAUUGUGCGUGGUUGAAUCGUUCAA